UGGUCUGAUUGGACAGGUUGUAGUGUAACUUGUGGUAAAGGCACAUCGACUCGAUCAAGAACGUGUAUAAAUUCAAAUUUCAAAAAUGACUGCAAAGGAAAAUCUCAAGAAAAGCAAUCCUGUGUUGAACCAGAAUGUCCAGGUACUGAUGUUAUAAAUAUAAACAUAUUGAACUAA